AUGACGUCGGAGGAAGAGUACGACUUUGACUACAGCGAUGAGGACGAGGAGAUGGAGGACGCCGAGACGGCGGAUCGCCACGUGCAGAUUGAAAACGCUUACUACGCGUCCAAGCAGCUGCUGGAAGGCGGUUCCCCUGAGCGGGAGGCGGCGUUAGAGGCGCUGGAAAAGGUGCUGGAGCUGCAGGGGGAGCAGACGGACUGGGGGUUCAAAGCACUGAAGCGAACGGUGAAGCUGCUGUUUGAGCUGGGUAGACACGACGAGGCGCUGCAGCAGUACGAGGAGCUACUUGGGUACACGAAGACGGCAGUGACGCGCAACGUGGGGGAGAAGGGGAUCAAUAGUAUCCUGGAUUACGUAUCCACCAGCAAGAAUUGGGAGAUUCUGCAGAGGUUCUAUGAGACGACGUUGGAGACGCUCAAAGAGGCGAGGAAUGAGAGGUUGUGGUUCAAGACGAGCGUCAAGUUGGGCAACUUGUUGUACGAGAUUGGGGACUUUUCGAGGUUGAGCAAGAUUAUAAAGGAGCUGCUGAUGUCGUGUAGUGACGAGGAUGCCGAAGAUUGCGUCCGAAAAAACUCGCAGUUGCUGGAAGUAUACGCGUUACAGAUUCAAAUGUACACGGCACAGAAGGACAACAAGAAGCUAGUGUCGAUCUAUGAAAAGGCAUUGCGGACCAAGUCGGGUGUCGCCCACCCGAAAAUAAUCGGUGUUAUCCACGAAUGUGGUGGCAAGAUGUACAUGAUGCAACGCGAGUGGGACAAAGCCCGAAGUGACUUUUUCUCCGGGUUCAAGAGCUAUGACGAGGCUGGUGAACCACGGCGACUUCAGUGCCUAAAGUACUUGGUAUUGGCCAACAUGCUAAGUGAGUCGCAGGUCAACGUAUUCGACUCGCAGGAGGCCAAGCCGUACGAAAACGACAAAGAGAUCGUGGCCAUGACGAUGCUCACAGACGCGUUUCUGCACGACGAAAUCAAGACGUUUGAGAAGGUGCUGACUCGGAAUCAGGAAGCCAUCAUGGACGACCCUUUCAUCAAGCACUACAUCGACAGUCUGUUGCGAACGAUUCGAAGCAAGGUGCUUCUCAAAAUUGUCAAACCCUACCGUACCAUGGACACGCAGUACAUUGCACGUGAGCUGAACGACAUCCCACUUUCCGAAGUCGAGUCGCUGCUGUCAGCGCUGGUGCUAGACAAGAAGAUCGAGGCACGCAUCGAUCAGGUUCAUCACACGCUCGUGCUUUUAGAUAGCAAGCCUGAGGAAAAGUUUCAGACGUCCAUCAAGGGCUGGUGUGAUGCCCUGGAGAAGUUUCAUUCAUGUACGAUGGACCGCAUUAGCACUGGAGUUGGAAUGUAA